AUGACAAGUCGAGAGAGUACGCACACUCAAGAUGAAAAGGAACUUGCCACUACAUCCACUUUGAAGGAAAUCUUUAAUUUUCAGAUCAACUUGCCUAACAAAGGAUCAGUUGCUAGAGAUCAUCUAGCAAAUGAACGAACAUUUCUUUCAUGGACAAGAACAUCCCUCGUGUUUGUCACUUUUGGUAUUGGAUUCAUGCAAUUUUAUCGGUUAGAAGAGAAAUCACAGUGUCCUCAAAUUUCGCAACCAUUACCACAUCCAGAUUCAACUACCAGCUCAUCAACAUCUUUAUUUAAUCAUAACAUAUCCAAUACGGUUAUUGCACUAUGUCGACCCAUAGGUGGAAUGUGCAUCAUUUUAGGAAUUUUAACCAUCUUGUUUGGUAUGUAUCGAUAUUUCACUGUUCAACGAGCAUUAAUGAAACAAGAGUUCCCCGUGACCAGGUUAACUGUUGUUGUUUUACUCUUGAUAAAUUUGGGUAUAUUGAUAUUACUUUUGGUGUUGAAUUUCAAAGUAAGCUUAUAA